AUGGGCCGUGAAGGCUCAAUCGGUGAGAGCGCCGGCCACGAAACCUCAAGUGAGGGGGCCGCGAUAGCCCAGUCGGUGAGAGCGCCGGCCACGAAACCUCAAACAACACCAACAACACGGACCACCACACACAAACACGAACACACCUACACAACAACCAAUCCAACACCUACACAACACCACACACACCUACUCCACAACCUACACACACCUACUACAACACCUACUACAACACCUACUACAACACCAACUACAGCACCUACUACAACACCUACUACAACACCUACUACAACACCUACUACAACACCUACUACAACACCUACUACCACACCUACUACAACACCUACUACCACACCUACUACAACACCUACUACCACACCUACUACCACACCUACUACCCCACACCUACUACACACUGACUACAACACGAACAACACCUACUACAAACACCUACUAACCACACCUACAAACACACCAACACAACACACUACCACACACACAACACUCACACACACCACACGACACAACACUACUACACCACAUACUACAACAACACCUACUACAACACCUACGACCACACCACUACCACACCGACAACAGACCACAAACACCAACACAACACUACUACAAACACAACACACACGCACCACACACACACACACCUACACCACGACAACCCUACACAACACACUACACCAAACAUACACACACACACAACACCACUACGCCACCAAACUACUACAAAACCUACUACAACACCUACUACAAACCACCUACACACUCGACACCAAACCUACUACACACCACACAACACCACUACCACACCUACCACCACACCUACUACCAACACCUACUACCACACCUACUACAACACCUACUACCACACCUACUACAACACCUACUACAACACCUACUACCACACCUAAUAAAACACCUACUACAACACCUACUACCACACCCUACACACACACAACACACACACCGACGACAAACACCUACUACAACACCUACUACAACACACAACACCUACUACAACACCGACUACAAACCUACUCCACACCUACUACAACACCAACUACAGCACCUACUACAACACCUACUACAACACCUACUACAACACCGACUACUACAACACCUACUACAACACCGACUACAACACCUACUACCACACCUACUACAACACCUACUACAACACCUACUACCACACCUACUACAACACCUACUACAACACCUACUACCACACCUACUACAACACCUACUACAACACCUACUACCACACCUACUACAACACCUACUACAACACCUACUACAACACCUACUACAACACCUACUACAACACCUACUACCACACCUACUACAACACCUACUACAACACCACAAACUACCGAACACAACUACCAUUACUACAACACCUACUACAACACCGACUACAACACCAACAACACCACUACAACACCUACUACAACACCUACUACAACACCUACUACAACACCUACUACAACACCUACUACAACACCUACUACAACUACUACAACCAACCACACACCAAAAACAACAACAACACAAAAAACACCACACCACACCACGAACACACCGCACGACAAAACCGACACAACACCACACAACAACCAAACCACACCACUACACACCUACACAACACCUACUACAACACUGACUACAACACCACUACAACCGACUACAAACACCUACUACAACACCUACUACAACACCUACUACAACACCCUACACACCACACAAACACGACUACACAACACAACACAGCCGCUACACAACACCUACUACAACACAAACACAACACUACAAACAACACCAACUACAGCACCUACUACAACACCUACUACAACACCUACUACCACACCUACUACCAACACCUACUACCACACUACUACAACACCUACUACCACACCUACUACCACAUCUACUACCACACCUACUACAACACCUACUACAACACCGACUACAACACCUACUACAACACCUACUACCACACCUACUACAACACCGACUACAACACCUACUACAACACCUACUACAACACCUACUACAACACCUACUACAACACCGACUACAACACCUACUACCACACUACACAACACUAAUAACACCAACUACAAACACCUACAAACACCUACUACAACACCACAAAACGAACACCACUAA